AUGGAAUCUGCAACAACAAGAGGUCUGGACAGUUCGAAGCACGCUACUACAGGUCAAGAAGGAAGACAGAUAAAAGAGAUCAACAGUGAUGCAUCGAUUACCUCACAAUCUACUCGAACAGGAAAGCAGGAAAUUUCGAGAAAUAUCAAUAAGCGAAGAGGAAUUCCUCGAAGAAGAAAGACAUCACGUUUUCCUGCAACGAAUGGUACGCGUGAGGCACCUCUGAUCGCAGCUAAAAAUGGGUUUGCCCGAUCCGAAGUUGUCUGUGGACGUACAGGAAUACAGUCUGUAAUUCAGGACAGCAGUAAUUUGAACUGGAAAGUCAACGAUGUACUGUCUGCAGUGAAUUCAGAACUUCGUGAUUUUUGGGAACAUCCAGACAUGGGUUCUGACCGUAGAAAACACAAUAAGAAGAGGAACAGGCGAAAAGAUUCUUCGUUUCAUUUGACAACAUUUGCUGCCAGUACUUCCAUAACUGAAGAAUAUGCAAAUGCCAUUGCAAACAGCAAUGAGCCAGAUGUAAUAUCAUUAAGUGACGAAGAAGGAAGCGAAAAUCUGGAAGCUAGUACUGAGUUUGCUUUGCUGGAACAGGAUGAUGAUUUCAACAAGCAGUUAGAAGCAUCGCCGCUGGUCAAAAAUGAAGUUCCAAAGUAUUUAACUGGUUCUGAAGAAUUAGAAAGAAGAAGACUUCUAGAUAAUGCGAUUUCUAGGAGAACUGAUGAUGCCGGUGUUCUAGAAAAUGAAGGUACAGCUUCACUGAACAAUAAUUCAACUGAAAAAAUAGAUGAUUGCAAUGAGUUCGAUGGAACAGUAGAACAAACUUCGGGAUUGACUGAGAGCAUAAAGCUCAUUAAAGUUGCCGAAAGUAAUCUAAUUGCAAGAAACAAAGAACAGAUGGAGGUGGAUAUAAACGUUUGCAGAGAGAAGGAAGUCGAGAUAUCAGUGAAGGACAGCCCGCUUUUGAUCCGAAAAGAUUCUUUUAACGAUCUUAAUUUAAUGCCUGGAUUGCAUAAAUUUGUUCAAAAUGGCAAAGUGGAGCUCAAAAUUGAUAAGCCAGAAGGAAAAGAUUUCCUCCAACUUAUCUUGUUUGAAUGCUGCGGCCCGUUAGAAGAUCCCAAACAGGUAACUCGAGGUGGAUACAAGAUAUGUGCGUCAGCUGUAUUACAUGAAAAUACAUCUGUUGAAGUAAUGCGUCGUGUUCUUAUUGAUUUAGCUGAGGAACUGGAGCAAAUAUCUCGUGACUCAUUUUAUCCUGGCGAAAAGCUACCCUAUUCUGUAAGUAAAUACUCUUUACGUUACCUGGAGAAGCAGUACAUUUACCCGCUAAAGAAGAAAUCUUCACGUUUCCCACGAGCUAUUUACUACUGCGGAUUAUGCCACUAUCACAUCUGUUCAAUUUCUCAAGCAAUAACACAUUUCUUAUCACGAGAACACAUUGACAAUAAGGAGAAGGAAGAGUCGCUAAAAAAAUUAGAAUGUUUACCAGAACCGGCCAAAGAGCAAAUGUUCAAAAUAGAUCAGAUUAUUCGAGAACUGUAUGUUUUCACGAGGCUCACGGAUAUACAAUAUGAAGUCGGGUCACAAAUUGCAAACUUGUUAUCACAUUUUUUGCAAAGCGAAACCCGUAAAAAUUUUUCGGUAAUGGUGUACGGUUCAUAUUUGACGAAGCUAGCUACUCUGCGGAGCGAUUUGAAUUUAGCAUUAAAUUUCCCAGAGGAAUAUUCACUUGGUUACACAUUGUCAUGGGUCAAGAAUAUUCUAAAUGAUAUAGCAAUAGGGAAGGAUUUUACUAUCCAUUCUAUAACUUCCGAUUUCCAACGCCCAGAUCCUUCGAUUCACUGCGUUGUAAACUCCGUUGCAGUUGUUAUUACAACAAAUUGCGUUCGACAGCAGCGUGCUACUCAGCUUAUUAAUUUGUAUUGUGCGAUUUGUUUACAGUUUAGAAUUCUUGCCACUGUCUUUCGUUCAUGGGCUGAGCUGUGUUCGUUAACCAAUGUGCAGUUGGGUGGUUUGCCAAAACUUGCGUUCGAUAUCAUAUUAAUUUAUUAUCUACAGCACAAGGGAUUACUUCCUUUCGUCUUCGAGAUCCUAAAUGAAGAAGAAAUACAAUUGCUAGACAGCGAAAGUCUCCAAUUUGAGCAUCAAAUGAAUAAGAUAAAUACUAGCUUUGAUGCCGGUGGUGAAGAAUGGAAUUUUGGUGAACUUUGGAUUGGUUUAUUCCGCUACUAUGCUAUUGAACACCCUGUUGAAGAAUUAAUACAAAUACGUUGGCGAAAACGAUAUUUGUUCGAAAACUGCACACGAUGGAACAGGAAGCGGCUUGCGGUUGAAGAUCCAUUCGCUCCAGACCACAUAAUGCAACCUCAGCAGCGUAUUAAUGGUUAUUUCUCGAGCUGCUUUUUGUCUACUUAUUUUUAUUUUGCUUUACCGCGCACUGUAGUUUGUUCGCUAAUUCCCUAUUCCGUUGUAACGCCUGGAACCGUUGAUGUACAGAAAAAGAAACGCAAGCGGAGAUCGAGAAAAACCACGUUAUUGAAUGAUUCCUGCACUGAUGAAGCUGCACCAAGUAAUGAUCAGCAAAAUAAUAGGAGUGAUUCGGACGACAUUGACGUGAAAAAUCUGGAAACGAGUAAGACACAAAUCACAGAAGCAAAUACAAGUAAGCAAGAGAUUAAUGUGUUAACUGAAGUUGGAUUGGAAACUACGACGCAGAUCUGGAAACACGAGGAUGAGAACGAUGAGAAUUCUUUGACAUCUGGGAAGUACCAGGAUUUGAAAGCAUUAACUUCCGAUUACGCUAGCUCACGCCUCGAUCUGAAUAUGUCUUAUAAUGAUUUUCAAAGAGAUGAUGCUGAUGAAACAUACUGUGAUAAUAAUGUGACGUCAACUCCCCAGCAGCAUAAUAUUCACUUCUCGGAGCUUCCUUCACAAAUGAAAGAACUCGAAUUAUCACUGGCUGACCAUAAUUUUUAUGUCAGGGAAGAAUACGACGAAAAAACGGAAUUGGCUGAGGCUAGACUUGCUAGUGCUUCAAUUUUGAAAAUCAGAUUUUAUGAUUAUGACGAAAUGUCUGUUCGCAAGUUAUGGCUGGCUUUAAAUAAUAGUGAAUAUAAUUAUUCGUGGGCUUUGCAUUACUUCAAUGGCGGAUUGGAACCAGUGGUACGAUGCACAUGUUGUGGUGUAGAUGGCCAUUUGCGAGAAAACUGUCCUGAACUCAUGAUUCCAAAACCCAAGAAUUUCCCACCAUUAACUAAUGCACAAAAAAAAAUAAUUGAUCUUGUCAUCUUCGAUAUUUUCAAUACAAUGCGAAUAAGACCCUAUUAUGUGCACAAUAUGUCAGCGUUAUGUCGCGAACUGGAAUAUUGCCUUCGUCGUUUUUAUCGUACUGAUUGUCAUCUUUCAUUGUUCGGUUCAGCUGGAAAUGGAUUCGGUCUUUUAGGUUCAGAUGCUGAUAUUUGUCUUCGAUUCGGACCAGGAGUGAGGCCUGAAGAUAUCGAUUCGGCAGAAGUCAUAUGUAAAGUCGCUGAAGCAGUUCGUAAGAUGCCUGGCGUUGUAUUCGUCUCUGAAAUUUUACAUGCUAAAGUACCAAUCGUGAAGUUUCGUUGUCGUAAUCAUCUUGAAGCAGAUGUAUCACUGUAUAAUGUGCUAGCAUUAGAGAAUACAAAUUUGCUGCGGACAUACAGUAUGCUUGAUAGACGAAUCCACAAAUUAGGAAUAAUGACUAAAAUUUGGGCUAAAGCUUGCGAAAUUGGAAAUGCAUCGAAGGGAAGUCUGUCGUCAUAUUCGUUUAUCAUCAUGCUUAUUCACUAUCUUCAACGAACAAAUCCGCCAGUUGCUCCAUUCCUCCAAGAAAUAGCACCACGUGGAAAAUGUAGAGAACCAAUAAUAAUUGACGACUGCGAUGUGUACUUUUGUAGUUUGGAAGAUUUGGAAUGGACAGUUUGCAACCAAUCAACUGUUGGGGAAUUGUGGAUAGGCUUUUUGGAUUAUUUUGGGACGAAAUUUGAUUUUGCACAAGAAGUUAUACAAAUUCGACAAACUCAACCGCUAAUGAAGCUGGACAAAGGCUGGCAGUCUAAACCGAUUGCCAUUGAAGAUCCAUUUGAUCUCACUCAUAAUCUUUCCUCAGGUGUUCAUUCCAAAACAAUGGCAUAUAUACAGAAAUCAUUUAUACAGAGUCGGGAAAAAUUUAGUACCUUAUUCGUCCCAAAUUCAAAGCUAAAUCACAAUUCACUUAUGCUUUAUGCGUCUGCUUUGCUUUCAAACUGUCGUGUGGGUAGUGGUCCUCCAUUGGAUCGCAACUGUUGCCACCGAUGUCGACGAAUUGGACAUUUUGUGUUAGAUUGUCCUUUGGGAAUGAAACAUAAGAAACAUAAGUAG